AUGCUAGUCUUAAGAGAAAAGGAUGUUGUGUCUUUGUUGUCGAAUCUGCCUCUGCCCGACGCCCACAAUUUACUCUUGGACUUCCACGACUUGCUGAGACAGUACAGCCAUAGCCGGCAUGAACAGACCUCGGAGCAGCUGAUCCAUCAACCGGAGAGGGUCUCCAUCGUGACAAAUAAUGGAAACACUACCCUGUUCAUGCCGUCAUCGGUGACAACGUCAACAGGGAUAAAAGUCGUGACUGUGCCGACCAAGGGAUUACUGAAAGGUUCAAUAAAUGUAUUUGCUCCCGACGGCGAGCUCGAGGGAGUCCUCAAUGCUGCCGAAAUAACUGCUUUUCGCACUUCGCUGGCGGUCAUGAUACCAUUCAACCUGUAUCCGAAUGACAAGGCGAACAUCAUCGUCUUCGGGGCAGGCAGACAGGCCGAAUGGCACAUCAAGCUCGCGCUCGUCCUAGCCGAUAUUACGCACAUUACGGUUGUCAAUAGGUCGGGACCGGGUCGCACGGUGCAGCUCUUUGAGGAGCUUCGCACCAAGUAUCCGACAGUGAAAUUCGAUGUCCUUACCAAAGAAGGUGAACCAGACUACGAUGCCUUGCUAGUGGCGCGCUUAAAGGACGCCAGAGUGAUUUUCUGCUGCACGCCUUCUGUGGUCCCGCACUUCCCAUCGUCCUACUUGGACUCGACGACACCGAGAUUUAUCUCGUUGAUAGGAUCUUACAAGCCGCACAUGCAGGAAAUUGAUGCGGCGACACUGCUGUCAGGUGAUAGGAUCUACGUUGACACGAAGGAGGGAUGCCUUGCCGAAGCAGGUGAGUUGAUCAUGGCGAACGUCAAGGAGGAACAACUGCUUGAGAUUGGAGACCUAGACAAGGAUUUGGUGACCUUGGAGGACAAGGGCACUGUUGUUUUCAAAUGCGUUGGUUUUGGGGUCAUGGAUGUUUUCAUGGCAUCCAAGCUGCUGCGCAUGGCUAAAGAGAAGGAUUUGGGUCUUAUUGUGGAUGACUUCUGA